AUGUACCAAAAGCCCAAGCGAUAUGUUCCUGGUCCUGGGGAGCCAUCAUUGCCCCCACAACUGUCGGAAUUUCAAAAUAAGACCACCGAUGAGGUACUUGAGGAGCUGAAUCGAAUGCCAUUUUUCAUGAAAACGCUGGACGAAACGGACGGUGAAGGUGGCCAAAAUACUGAAUUAGAAGCGCUCAAGGCUCUUGCUUACGAAGGUGAGCCUCAAGAAGUCGCAGAAAACUUCAAGAAACAAGGUAAUGAGUUGUAUAGGGCCAAGAGGUAUGGUGAUGCGAGGGAAAUUUAUAAUAAGGCUCUCGAUGUAGACGGUGUUCCCGAACUAAGGGAAAGUCUCUUAUCAAAUCGAGCUGCCUGUGAGUUGGAACUAAAAAAUUAUAGAAAAUGCAUAAAUGACUGUAGGUCGGUCCUCGACAUAAAUCCCAAAAACGUCAAAUGCUAUUAUCGGGUUGCUAAAGCCUUUCAAGGCCUCGAUCGGACAGAGGAGGCGAAACAAACAAUUGAAUUUGCCCUGCAAUUGGAUCCUGCCAAUCAAGCGCUUCUGUCAUUGCUCGAAAAAAUCGUGGCCAGAGAAACAGAAGUACAGGCCUAUGAAACCAUGAGACAAAAGGAAAAGGCCGAAAAAGAACGCUUACAAACGUUGCUAGACGCCUCCUUAAUUCUUCGUGGCUAUAAGAACAUCGAUACCACAAACCCUCCUGAACUCCUGGAAAAAGCAAGCUGUUACCUGGAGGAUAGCAAUGAUGUACAAUCGCAGUUGAUUUUCCCGGCCAUGAUUUUUUAUCCUACCAGUGAUGAAUUCGAUUUUAUCGGAGCUGUGGGAGAAUUGAGCACACCAGAGGACCUGUUAAAUGUGGUUCUUCAGAGACCCCAAGAAUGGUUUGACGACCCCAUUCAUGAAAACUUUACAACCAAAAAGCUUUUGAGCUACAUUGAGACAGAAAGUGGUGGUUUGGUGAAAGUAGGUAAGAAAGCAACUUUCCACGACGUGCUAAAAAUGCAAAAACCUAUAGUUCCUUUAUUCGAUCGGUCUUUGAGAAUAUACUUUGUUCCUAAAAGCUCAAGUGAAGAAUGGCUUUCCAAGUGGAAUAAAUCAGAUGCUUUGAAGAAACGCAAAUAG